AGCUUCCCUUCGCCGCGCCGCUCUGCCUUCCGGGAAGUUUCUUCCGCGUGUCUAUGAUUCAGUUAAAGGGGCCGCUUCUGGCUUUCCGAGCUGCGGGGUCCCGAGAUGCUGCUUACGGUGAAGGCGCUCCAGGGCCGGGAAUGCAGCCUCCAGGUCUCCCCAGAUGAACGGAUCUCCUCUCUCAAACGCUUGGUCUCCGAGAAGUUGAAUGUCCCAGUAUCCCAGCAGCGCCUGCUUUUCAAAGGCAAAGCUUUGGCAGAUGAACAUCGUCUCUCUGAUUACUCUAUUGGACCCGAGUCAAAACUGAACCUUGUGAUCAAGCCACCAGAGAAGGCAUCGCCUGAGGAACCUGGCCGCAGAGCUGGUCCCCCACAGAAUCCUGUCAUCUGGCACACACUAGCCCAAGUCCUAGGCAGGCAUUUCAGUGUAGCUGAUGCUGAGAAGGUGUUGGAGCAACUGCAAAAGGAUUAUGAGCGGAGCCUUCGAUUACUGAGCUUGGAUGACAUUGAGCGCUUGGCCACACGCUUGCUUCACCCUGAGGUGGCUGAAGCUGUAGAAAUGGGCUUUCUGGAUUAGCUGGUGAACUUGGGGACUGAGCCUGCCUCUUUGGACAGAGAGCCCCUGGGCAGGGCCCAGCUUGGGGCUUAAUGGGAGCGAUCCCUCUGGACUGCUGUUAAAGGGGCACAGAGCAUCUGUAGCCACCCCCCGUCCAUUAAAGGUGGUGAUGGGUGAGACUGAUCUACUCUGUCUAGUGUGUUCGUCUGAAGUGGGGGGAAUGACUCUUGGGGAAAGAUUGCUUGCCCAGUACUGAGAGAUGCAGCUGCCGUUGGGGUUGGGUGCUGCUGUGUUUAAUAAUAUGGGGGAUUUCUUUUUCAUCACCUAAGCCUGGUUGCAGCUAAUAGAUUCAUAUUUAUUGUUGUAUCCAAAGGCCAUCCUAAAAAUAAAGUUUACCAAAAUUUUCAGACAGAAAA